AUGAUUGAAAUAUUUCGCAGCAUCAGAAAAGUAUACUACCUGGUUCUUGCUCUCAUUGGUAUUCCUGUUAAUUUGUUGGCAAUUAUAAUCCUAUCCCAAGGAAAGUGUGGUCUUUCUGCUUGUAUCACUCGCUAUCUGGUGGCCAUGGCAGCUGCUGAUCAACUAGUCAUUAUGACAGAGGUCAUAUUGAAGAGGAUUAGUUCUUAUUAUUUCCCAGGUUCUUUCCUUCAAGUAACACUCGUCUGCAGCAUUGUUAAAGUCCUGCGUCGGGCAUCAAUAGAUAACUCUGUGUGGUUAACAGUUACUUUCUCUUUUGAUCGUUUUAUUGCGAUAUGUUGCCAGAAGCUGAAAGCAAAGUAUUGUACUAAUAAGAAUGCAGCUGUGGUCAUUGCUACAACCUGCAGUCUACUGUGUUUAAAGAACAUUCCCUAUUAUUUUACAUAUAAACCAAAGGAGAUAAUAAACAAUGUACCAUGGUUCUGUGAUAUAAAGUCAAGUUUUUACACUAAUGCUGCUUGGUUGGUAUUUGACUGGUUUGACACGAUAUUAACGCCACUGCUUCCAUUUGCAAUCAUUAUGUUGCUCAACGCUCUGACAGUCAGGCAUAUCCUGGUGGCAAAUCAAAUCCGUAAGGGUCUGAGACGGAAAAGCAAGGGACAUAAUCGCAAUGACGCAGAAAUGGAGAGCCGAAGAAAAUCUGUAAUUUUGCUCUUUGCCAUAUCAGGAAGUUUUGUGCUUUUGUGGCUUUUAUAUGUCCUGGAAUUCUUCUACUAUAUCAUUACUAAAACCAAUGGCCCUGAAGAUAAUGACUCUUUAUAUAUCUUUGAACAAGUCGGAUAUAUAUUGCGCAGUUUAAGUUGCUGUACAAAUACAUUUAUUUAUGGAGUGACGCAGACGAAGUUCAGAGAACAGUUCAAGAAAGUGAUGAAACGCCCAUUGACCCUGCUUGUUGAAGUAAUAAAUAAUAAAAUACAUCUGAAAUGA